ACGCCACAACGCUCUGUGACCUCUCGCUUUUCGAGGCGUACCUCGCCAGCUUUGGUCACGACUUGAACGUCAACGCGUCGCUUUGUGGCGCCAGCAUCAAGUACCUGCGCACACGCCUCGCCGGUGGCUUUGGCCCCGUGCUGCAGUCGGACAUGGAAGUAGUCAUGUGCUCGAUGCCGUGCCUCUUGAGCGACCUGCUUCACGUCGCGGCCAUGGAGGCGUCGCACUGCUCGUGCACCGAGCUCUCGUCGUCAAGCUACAUCACGCAGGACUUUUGUCGUGAAAACUCGGCGCGCAUGCUCUGCAGUAUCCUUGGCGUAUGCGGGACGUGGGGCUGCGGCCUCCAUGACUUUAUGUGCCCGCGAUACGAGUGGGACCGACACUACCCCUGCGCUGGCGCGUUCACGACACCGUCGCAGCUUCUUUUGUUGUGCUUGGGGCUAUUGCAUGUGCUACUCAGCGGCUAA